UACUCGGCAGAGUCAGACGUGUAGCAAGUUUUUUUCACCGCAGUUCUACAGCCACAGCCGUGCUGACCACCAAACAAAAACUACUCAAUCUCCCUGUACAUAAACUCAUUAUUGAUGUAGUGACAAGAUGGAAUAGCUCUCUGGACAUGGUGGAGCGCUACCUUGAACAACAACAAGCUGUUGCUGCAGCUCUACUGAGUGAUGAACUGAGACACAAGUCGCGUGAAAUUGACACUUUGGACACAUCUGACAUUGCAAAUGCAGAGGAUCUUGUGAAGAUUCUUUUACCAAUAAAAAAGGCCACAACUGUUCUCUGUGAUGAGUCGCAACCAACAAUAUCUCUCAUUUCACCACUAAAACAAAUGAUUCAAGACAGCAUGGCCACAGAUAAUCACGACUCAAAUGCCAUUGCUCAGAUGAAGGCAGCCAUUUUGAAGGAUCUUACUGACAGAUACCAAGGAGAGGAUGAAAAGUUCAUGCAGGAGAGCAGUGCUUUGGAUCCACGCUUUCGGACCUUGCAACAUCUAGGCAGUGGAGAGAGAGAGGACGUCUUUGAACGAAUAAAGUUCAAAGCAUCACAGAUGCAACAACAGGACCAAGAUGUGCUGCCCAGGAGCCCACAUGCAGCAGAUCUGGACGACAGCAGCGCAAGCUUUGUGCCUCCUCUUAAGGAGCAUGCCCUUGAGGACCUCCUUGGCUCUUCUUUUAGCAGUAAUCAAGUCACAGGUGGAAUUCAGGCAGAAAUUGACUCUUACUGCAAAGAAGCAUUAGUUUCUCUGUCUGCUUGCCCUCUUAAAUGGUGGAGAGAAAAUGCAGGGCGGUAUCCUAUUCUGUCUUCAUUAGCAAAGACCUACCUGUGUAUACCCGCUACCUCUGUGCCCAGGCCCAUUGUGUCUAUUCUGUAUCUGUGGCGUAAAAAUCACGGCGGCCUCCGUCAUGCCAACUUUAUCCAGACGACUCGUCUGUCCACAAACACAAAGGCCAGUCAGCCGUCCUAA